AUCACGGUCAAUACAUUUGGCUCCUUAAGCCUUGGGAUGUAACAUCUGUACCCUUAUUUGUUGAUCAAUAAAGGCCUUGAUGAGCCUAAAAAAAAAUGCCCCUCCCACCUUUCUCUCCUUGCCACGCCGCCGGCUCGAUCUGCCGCUUCCGGCCAUCUCCAGCACCAUCGUCAGCACUUGCAACCUCUAUCUAUUCCCCGUUCCCCUCCGCCGCCGCCAAACAGUAGCGAGUUGUCGCCGCUUGCAUUGGCUCCCAUGGGGCGACCUCCAUCCUCGAGGACCACGAUCCCCAAGCUCACGCCUGCCUGUCUGCCGGGCAUGGCUUCACCGGUGAUGCGGGCAAUCAUGGACGCCCGUCUCGCAGUCCGCGACCGCGCGAUCAACAUCCGAAAAAAGUAACCUUGGUUUCUUAUUUUUUUCCCGUUUCCUAAACAGGGCCUCCCUAACUUGACGGGGGGCGGGGGGUUGGACCUGGUCUCGUAUGAUCCCUCUCCCACGCAAAAUGGCCGACGACACAUUAAUUAGCAACUUCAGCCUCCGGCAUGGCUAUCCCAUCUUAUUCUCUUCCCGCGCACGGACCACACGCGCGCGCCUCUCUCUCUCUCUCUCUCUCGGGCGCGUCUUCUUCCUCUCCGGUGCGGUACCAUUUGGAUAAUCCAUUAAUGUGAUUCGAAUCGCAAAGGAUGGUUCUCCAGGAUAAAUGAAAGUUUAGCUUAUGCACCUUAUUGUAGUCUGUUUUUUCUCAUCCCUCAUACAAUGGGGAAACAUGCUGCUGAAACCGGGACUAGUUUGCUCCUACAUGGAGACUUGGACAUACAGAUAGUGGAAGCAAAAUGUCUUCCCAAUAUGGAUCUCAUGACCGAAAGGAUCCGGAAAUGCUUCACUGGCUAUGGUGCUUGUCGGACUAACUGCGGGAAUUCUAACACAAAACCAGACGUGAGGAAGAUCAUUACUAGUGAUCCGUAUGUUUCGGUUUGCCUCUCAGGUGCAACGGUGGCACAAACUCGAGUCAUUAACAACUCGGAGAAUCCUAAAUGGGAUGAACACUUCUAUGUUCAGGUUGCCCACUCAGUUAGCAGACUCGAGUUUCAUGUAAAGGAUGAUGAUGUCUUUGGGGCUGAGCUUAUAGGUGUUGCUUCAGUACCAGUUGAACAGAUCACAGAAGGGGAUAUUGUCAGUGGCUGGUUUCCAAUCUCUGGUCACUACAGUAACCCGAAGAUAUCUCCUGAACUCAAUUUGUCUAUCCAGUACAAGCCAUUUGAUCAGAAUCCGUUGUACAAGGACGGAGUUGGUGCUGGUGGUACUGAGAAUAUUGGUGUGCCAAAUGCUUAUUUUCCUCUUCGCAAGGGUGGUAGGGUCAGUCUAUAUCAAGAUGCCCAUGUUCCUGAUGAUUUUCGUCCUAACAUUGAAAUUGAAGGUGGGAGGACAUAUGAACAAAAUAAAUGCUGGGAAGACAUUUGCCAUGCAAUUGUGGAGGCUCAUCACCUUAUUUACCUUAUUGGCUGGUCAUUAUACCACCCUAUCAAUCUUCUAAGGGAAUCAGCAAAACCUUUGCCCGAUGGAGUCCCACGGACCAUUGGAGAGAUUUUGAAAAGCAAGGUUCAAGAGGGAGUUCGUGUUAUCGUGUUGCUUUGGGAUGACAAAACAUCACACGACAAAUUUCUUUUGAAAACGGAUGGACUCAUGCAUACACAUGAUGAGGAAGCUCGAAAGUUUUUCAGGCAUUCAGGUGUACACUGUGUGUUAGCUCCUCGUUAUGCUAGCAACAAAAUGAGCAUUUUCAAGCAGCAGGUUGUAGGAACUUUGUUUACGCACCAUCAGAAAUGUGUAAUUGUAGACACUCAAGCCACUGGAAACAAUCGAAAAAUAACAGCUUUUCUUGGCGGUCUCGACUUGUGUGACGGCAGAUAUGAUACACCUGAACACAGGCUUUUUAAGGAUCUUACUACUGUCUUCAAGGAUGAUUUCCAUAAUCCCACGUUCCCUGUGAAUAAGUCUGAUGGACCGAGACAGCCAUGGCAUGAUUUACAUUGCAAGAUUGAGGGUCCAGCUGCAUAUGACAUACUUACAAACUUUGAACAGAGAUGGAGAAAAUCCGCAAAAUGGAAAGUCAGUGUCAGAAGAGCUGUAAGUUGGCAUCAUGAUACUUUGGUUAAAAUAAACCGGAUGUCAUGGAUUGUUUCGCCCUCUGCAGAUGAGCUAAAUGCACAUGUUUGUGAAGAAAAUGACCCAGAAAACUGGCAUGUACAGAUUUUCCGAUCCAUUGAUUCAGGAUCAGUAAAGGGAUUUCCUAAAGAUGUUCAAGAAGCCGAGUCACAGAAUCUUGUCUGUGGAAAGAAUCUGCAGAUAGACAAGAGCAUACACAAUGCAUAUGUAAAAGCCAUAAGAUCUGCACAACACUUUAUCUAUAUUGAAAACCAGUAUUUUAUUGGAUCUUCGUACUACUGGUCUGCACAUAAAGGUGCAGGUGCAGAGAACCUAAUACCAAUUGAAUUGGCCAUAAAGAUUGCAAGAAAGAUCAAAGCAAGGGAGCCAUUUGCAGCUUAUAUUAUCAUACCAAUGUGGCCUGAAGGUAAUCCAACAACUGCUCCUAUGCAGGAGAUCCUCUUUUGGCAGGGGCAAACCAUGUCCAUGAUGUACAAGAUUAUCGCAGAUGCUCUCCGAAAGGAAGGGUUGGACGACGCCCAUCCACAGGAUUACCUGAACUUUUACUGCCUCGGUAAGCGUGAAGUCACAGCUGAGGUUCCUACACCGACAAGCCAUUCUAAUGAGAAUUCCCCGAUGCGUCUGGCUCAGAAGUUCAGGAGGUUCAUGAUCUAUGUGCACUCGAAAGGGAUGAUCAUCGAUGACGAGUUUGUUCUCAUCGGCUCAGCCAAUAUAAACCAGAGGUCCUUGGACGGUUUGCGGGACACUGAGAUCGCCAUGGGCGCAUAUCAGCCACACUACAGCUGGGCAGGAAGCCAAGGUCCUCCACGAGGACAGGUGUAUGGGUACCGGAUGUCGCUGUGGGCGGAGCAUCUGGGCACGGUGGAGGAGUGCUUCCGUCAGCCGCAGUCCACGGAGUGCGUCCAGUUGGUGAACCAGAUGGCGGAGGACAACUGGGCGUGCUAUGUGUCGCCGCAGAUGGUGGAUAUGAAGGGGCACCUCAUGAGGUACCCCAUCAAGGUGGAGAAGGACGGGAGGGUGGUGCCCCUGCCUGGGCAUGAGAGCUUCCCGGACGUCGGUGGCAAGGUGCUCGGCUCUCACUCCUCGCUGCCCAAUGCGCUGACAACGUAACCAGUCAUCCUCGAUCGGCAGAGGAACAGAGUGCUGGAGCUUGAAGAGGCUACAAAGGCGGCUACGUUCAGAAGUGGGAGCUGAAGUUGUUCCUCGGAAACUCAGAAUUAGCUAAUCUGUUGCAUAUACGUCUGACUUUUAGCAUUAACCGUUAAGCUGUAUAUGUGUGUAUAUAAAAGAGAGACCGGGCAGAAAGUCAUACCAGCUGGACCAAAUUUUGUGUCCCUGGGCAUUGCACUUUGCUUGGAGUCUAUUGCUCUGCACUUAUGAUGUAAUUUCCCGAUGUCCACCGCAGUUUGGUUAGAAAUCGGCAUUCGGAUCUUGGUUGGUCAGCAACCCAGAACAUGUACCAAGCUUGUUCUUGCUGGUUUGUCAAAAUGUAAAAUUUGAAAGUAGAAUCGAAUUCUUCAGUCAAGUUGACAUA